AUGAGAUUCACAUUUGUACUAUUGUGUAGUAUCGCGUUCUCUGGACUCGUUUCAGGAAAAGAAUAUUAUUCAGAUACAUAUAAUGUAGAUGUGGAUGCGAUUAUUAACAGCGAUCGUCUUUUAAAUCAGUAUGUGAAUUGCUUUCUCGAUAAAGGUCCCUGCACCGCUGAUGGACGCAGUCUUAAAAAUAUUCUCCCGGAUAUGAUACUCACAUCUUGCGAAAAAUGUACCGAAAAGCAGAAAUACGCAACAAGAAAAAUAAUCAGUCAUUUGAAAGAACACAAACCAAAUAUUUGGACAGAGUUCCUCGAAAUGUAUGAUCCUGACAAAGAGCGUAUGGCAUCUCUCGAGCAAUUUUUGGUAGAAGAUCAAAUGAAGGGUUAAUCUCUUUCU